AUGGCAAAGGCGGAUGGGAAGAAGCGCAAGCUCGCCGAUACCGUUGCCGAUACUGCAUUGACGAACGGCGCAUCGAACGGCGAUGACGAGCGCCAGGCGAAAAAGACAAAGAGAGAUCGCAAGCGGGAGAAGAAGGAGCGAGCGGCUUUGGAGAAGGCAGAGUCUGCAAAGGCUCGAGAAGCUGAGGUACAGGUUGGAGAGCAAGUGAACGGAGAAUUGAAGGCGGCGGUCGAGGAAGGUGACGAUACUACAAGUGCGGCCGUUGUGCAAGCACCGAGCGACGUCGCUACACCUGAAGACGACUUUGAAGGAUUCGAGUCCGAAGAGGAGGGAGACGCAGCCGCAGGAGCGGCCGAGGGUGCCGCAAAUGGUGUCGCUCUGACACACGACGAUACCGAGCAAGCUACCCAGCCUACAACCAACGGUCACUUGGAAGAGCUUCCCUCCGAUCUGGGUGUCUCGCUCCCCAACUCCAAGGCAGAGCCGACAAAGUUUGCAGAACUUAAUCUGUCGGAGCGCACCAUGCGGGCGAUAAAGGACAUGCCGUUCGACACAAUGACCGAGAUUCAGCGACGAGGAAUCCCUCCCUUACUGGCAGGCCGGGAUGUACUCGGUGCGGCGAAGACCGGCUCAGGCAAAACGCUCGCCUUCCUCAUACCGGCCGUAGAGAUGUUGAACUCGCUGCGAUUCAAGCCGCGGAACGGGACGGGCGUGAUAGUGGUGUCGCCGACUCGCGAACUGGCUCUCCAGAUCUUCGGUGUCGCAAGAGAACUUAUGGAACACCAUUCUCAAACCUUUGGCAUCGUCAUGGGCGGCGCAAAUCGGCGAGCGGAGGCCGAGAAGUUGACCAAGGGUGUCAAUCUCCUCAUCGCCACCCCUGGUCGCUUGUUGGACCACCUGCAGAACACACAGGGCUUUGUCUUCAAGAACUUGAAGGCCUUGAUCAUCGACGAGGCCGAUCGUAUCCUCGAGGUUGGAUUCGAAGAUGAGAUGCGACAAAUUGUCAAGAUUCUACCCAAGGACGACCGACAGACGAUGCUCUUUUCCGCCACCCAGACGACCAAAGUCGAAGAUCUUGCCCGCGUGUCUCUGCGUCCACGGCCACUGUACAUCAAUGUCGAGUCUUCCAAAGAGCACAGCACCGUCGAAGGUCUGGAACAAGGCUAUAUCAUUUGCGACGCCGACAUGCGUUUCCGACUGCUCUUCACCUUCCUCAAGAAGUAUUCCAAGAAGAAGAUCAUCGUCUUCUUCAGCAGCUGUAGCUGUGUCAAGUAUUACAGUGAGCUGCUCAACUACAUCGACCUGCCCGUCCUCGACCUGCACGGCAAGCAAAAACAGCAGAAACGCACAAACACCUUCUUCGAGUUCUGCAACGCCACGCAUGGCACCCUCAUCUGCACUGAUGUUGCCGCCCGAGGCUUGGAUAUCCCCGCUGUGGACUGGAUCAUCCAGUUCGACCCCCCGGAUGAGCCAAAGAACUACAUCCACCGGGUUGGACGGACGGCCAGAGGCGCGAAUGGUGUGGGCAAGAGCCUGAUGUUCCUCCUGCCGAACGAGGUGGGGUUCUUGAGGCACUUGACAGACGCGAAGGUCCCGUUGGUCGAGUUCGAGAUUCAGCCAAAGAAGAUUGUGGAUGUUCAGAGCCAGCUCGAGCAGCUGAUCGGGAAGAACUACUAUUUGAAUAAGUCUGCGAAAGAUGGUUAUCGCUCUUACUUGCAAGCCUACGCCUCGCAUACCCUCAAAUCCGUAUUCAACGUCAACAAGCUCGACUUGACCAAGGUGGCGAAGAGCUUCGGCUUUCCCACGCCGCCAAGGGUGGACAUCAAUCUGGGCGCGAGCAUGAAGAGAGUCGAGGGAAGGAGGUCGUAUGGCAGCCAGCCGAAGCAGAGGUUUAAGCAGAACAGGUAG